UUGUAUUAAUUUAUCGUAAUACAAUUGUGCAGUUAUGUUAGUGACUUAUGUAAACAUUUAGUGUAAAUUGUACAAUAUGUCGUCUGAAUUGAGUCAGUUGAAGGCCAAUCGGGGCUACCAUAAAGGCGCGAUAACGCGCAUCGGAACUUUCUGUAUGUCAGAGGAUUUUAAAACUGCUUCUAUCGAAUUGAUUUUGCAGAAAAAAGACAGGUUGAUAAAAUCUUUUAAUGAUUAUGAGUUGUGCAAUAGGGCCAUCCUGGCGUUAGAGCCGGAGGAUGACGAAUCAUAUGAAUCCUACGAGACCAAGCGGGAUUUGUGUCUUGCACUAAUCGAGACUCGUUUAAAACAAGUAUCGCCGGCAGCACAGGCGACUCCAUCCUCCGAGCUGGAAACAAAAAAGAGAGCGAUUGCCUUGGAAGCUACCAGUACGGAGGAGCCCAAGAAGACAGUAAAGUCUACUGUGAGUGCCGCGGCCACUAUGGGAGUUUCUUGCGUUCCAGUAUGUCUGCAGGCAGCUGACACCUGUGGGUCCUUACUUGGUGAAGACGAGAUUCGGUCAUAUUGUAGGCGGGAGGCUGCCCUUCCCUGCUGGCAAGAAGUCUAUAAGUAACUUUUGUGUUGCUUCCAAAGGUAAGGCAUUUACUUGUAAUAAUGUUGUAGAAGAUGAUUUACAAGCUCCCUUUCCUUGUUUUAAACAAACUGAAGUUUCCUCCCUGUCAAGGAAUUGUGAGGCUUCCGAAGAUAUUGCAGAUAUAAUGUCGAAAUUUUGGGAUUGUGAGAAGGUACCUAAUAUCAUCAAAGAGACUGGUACUGAGGCCGAGCAGGCUGAACAGAUUUUUCAGGAGUCUGUUAAGUUGGAAAAUGACAAGUUUACUGUAGCCUUGCCGGUGAAGGUUGAUAUGGAUAAAUUGGAGUUAGGCGAUUCUUUUAGUAGCGCUUUGCAACGACUUUACAAUUUAGA